AUGGAUGAGGGGGUGAUUGUGGACCUUCACCAAGUGCAAGAGGAAGCCGUCCAGGAUGAUAAUUACAAGCUCCUCCAUGGGCGCGUGGCCGCCGGGGAUUGGGCAGACCGGAAGGAAGACAAGCCACUAGCACUCUACGCAUUUUAUAAGAUGAGGCGACACUUGUCAUGCCAAGGGGACAUCAUCCUGUAUGCCAAUGACGAGGGACACCUACAAGUGGUCAUCCCCGCUCUGUGGCAUGAAGUCUUAGCCAACCUACACGCAUGCCACCAGGGCAGAGACUCCAUGCUACGACGCGCUAGACAAGCUGUAUACUGGCCAGGCAUCGACAGCGAAGUCGAGCAGAAACAGCCCCUCCGGCCCACGCCACCUCCAGAAUACCCCUUUCAGCAGGCCGUGGUCGACUUGUUUCAACUGAAUGGGGAAGUCUACAUGGCUUACUUAGACAGGCUGACAGGCUGGCUUGAAGUGGAACACCUUCCCAGUGGAUCCACUACCAUCAAACUCAUCUCUGCCUUCAGAAGAUGGGUCCGAAGAUUUGGUAUUCCCAAGGAGCUCUUAUGUGAUGGAGGCACAAACCUCGUCAGUGAGGAAGCCAGGGCAUUCCUAUUAUGGCGAGUGCAGCUGAGAAUCUCCUCAGCGUACUUUCCACAAUCAAAUGGCCUGGCCGAGGCCGCAGUUAAGUCAGCCAAAAGACUUCUAAGUGGUAACACUGGCCCAGGAGGCUCCCUCGACUCAGAUGUAGCCGCAAAGGCUGUACUCCAGUACCUCAACACCCCACUACAGGAUAGUGGUGCGUCACCUGCCCAACUACUUAUGGGAAGGCAGCUGAGGGACUCUGUACCAGCGGCCACAGAGUACUACUGCAUAGCAGACAGACAAGUACACCUGCAAAACCAGGAGACGGGAAGAUGGGACAGGGUUGGGGUUGUCGUUGACACACCCGCCCCGAGACAGUACCUGGUGAGAAUGAGUGGCAGCAGCGACACCUCCGGUCCUCGGAGGACACCACAGAGGUGCCAGCGACGCAGGGAAGAGGUCCUCAUAAGUGGCCCACAGGCAGCGGACACAUUGAAGAUACCCAGCCCCCUUCCCCAGAAGAAGGAGUCACUCAGCCUGUCGACUACAAGCAACACAGAUGUUAACACUAAAAUGGAAGCGGAGGAAGAAAACCCCAGAGGAAACACGACCGUCUGGAGCUAG